GUUAAAAUAUUAAACUUUAAGUUGAUUUGACUAUAAUUUUAAAUUUUUUUAAAUUAUUUAUUUUAUUAUUAGUACAAUAAUCAUUAGGUGAAUUAAAUACUUGCAGUUAUUAUUUUGAUUAAAAAUGUUGUCGUGGAAGACUACAACUAGUGUAUGGUUGUGUGUACUAGUUGCCUGCAAAAUUACAUUGGCACUUAAUAAUGGAUUAGCUUUAACACCACCAAUGGGUUGGCUUGCUUGGCAAAGAUUUAGGUGUACUAUAGAUUGUGAUACUUUUCCAGAUGAAUGUGUCAGUGAACAAUUGUUUAAGACUACAGCUGAUUUGUUAGUAAGUGAAGGCUAUGAUAAAGUUGGGUACAAAUAUGUUGUAAUUGAUGAUUGUUGGAUGACACACAAUCGAACAGCAGAUGGGAAAUUACAAGCUGAUGAAAAUCGAUUUCCACAUGGGAUUAAAGCUCUUGCUGAUUAUGUUCAUUCAAAAGGGUUAAAAUUUGGAAUUUAUGAAAGUGUUGGAACAAAAUCUUGUGAAGGAUAUGCUGGAAUUAAAGGUUACGAAAAAAUUGAUGCUGAGACAUUUGCAGAAUGGGGAGUUGAUUAUGUGAAACUAGAUGGAUGCUACACAGAUGAACGGAAUAUGGACACAAAUUUUCCACAGUUUGGAAAAUAUUUAAAUGAAACAGGAAGACCGAUGAUUUACUCUUGUUGUUGGCCAUUUUAUCAAGAAGGUAAAGGAAUGCAGGUUAACUAUACACUGGUAUCUCAAUCGUGUAAUUUAUGGAGAAAUUAUGGCGAUAUACAAGAAUCAUAUGCUUCCUUAUUUGAUGUGCUUGAUACUUUUGCAAUGAAACAAGAUAUUUGGGCACAAUAUGCAGGUCCAGGACAUUGGAACGACCCUGAUAUGUUAUUGAUUGGAAAUUUUGCAUUAAGUCACGAUCAAAGCCAAACACAAAUGGCUCUAUGGGCUAUAUUAGCUGCACCUUUAUUUAUGUCAAAUAAAUUGUCUACUGUCCAACCAAACUUCAAGAAAAUAUUACAAAAUACCGAAGUAAUUGGAGUAAAUCAAGAUAAACUUGGCAUACAAGGCAAAAGGAUCUAUAAAGAUCAAGGAAUUGAGAUAUGGUCCAAACCAAUUGAACCAAAAGAGAGAGAAUAUUAUUCCUAUGCAAUUGCUUUUGUUAGUCGUCGGACAUUGGGAACACCAUUUUUAUACAAUAUUACAUUAAAUAACUUAGGAUUAAAUAAUCCAAAUGGAUACAUAAUAAAGGUAUAAUGAUUUAUUUAGUAAGAUAAUACAUGAAUUCAUACUUGAGUACAUACAAAACAUCCACUAAUGAUUGAAAAAAGAUUUAGUAAAAGACCCUUCAUUACUUUAAAAAAAAGUACUAUUAAUUUUCUAUAAUUAGUUGCAUAUAAUUAUGGGUUAAAAACCAGUUCUCUUUUAGAAACAUGUUAACUCAAAACUUAAAGCCCCUAUUUUCAAUAAUGAAAUAAUGUUCACAUAAGUAGAAGAAACAUUUUAAAUUAAUUAUAAACAUUUAUAUGCAAAAAAAAAAAUAAUAUUUAUACAUAUCAGGCCUGUGUGCAGGAUUUCAUAAUGGGGAGUGUUUGAAAAAAAAAUGUAUAAACUUUUUUUUUAUUUA